ACGCCGCGGGAGGACAAUCUUUUCUCCCUGUUCUGCUUUUCUCGUAAAAAAAAGGAGAGGGGCUGUAGCUAUGGAGGGGGUAACUGUAGGGCAGGUAUUUGACGCCGAAUGCAUCCUCAACAAACGCCCAAGAAAGGGGAAGUUUGAGUAUUUGGUGAAGUGGAGAGGGUGGUCGUCCAAGCAUAACAGUUGGGAGCCCGAAGAGAAUAUUCUGGACCCCAGAUUGAUGGCUGCCUUCCACAAGAGAGAACAAGAGAGGGAGCUACUGUUCGGUAAGAGAGGGAAGAGGCCAAGGGGGCGCCCACGGAAAAUUCUGGAACCAGAGCCAACUGAAACCAAAUCCGACCGGUCCUCCUCAGCCUCUACAUCCGGCCUGUCCUCCUCUCCCUCCGCCUCUUCCUCAGAAGAUGAAGACCACGGGAAGAAGGCCAAACCAGGUCCUCGGCGCCUCAACCUCCACCCUGUCCUCCAGACGAGGCCCCAUAUCGUGGUGGCCAAUCAGGAGCCCGUCCGGAAAAAGCGCGGGAGGAAACCGCUGCUCCCCGAGCUGAGGGCUUUGAGACAGGCAAAUACCCGGCUGCCCCUGCCCCCCCCCCUCCUCUUUCUCGCCACCACCAGGUCCUCAGGCCCCCCCGUGAGCCCCCCAAAGAGGAACCCCGAGGGGGGGUGAAGAAGCCUCUACAGCCGGCCAGUUUCACCUACACCAGCCUGAGCGCCAGCCGGGGGCUCCAGAGAUGAGACGGCACCCCAGCGGGCUGCUGGAGGGACUUUCUUCCAGGCAGGGGCCUCCAAACCUGGGCUGCUGAACU